AUGACGGGCCGUUCGAAAGAAGAUGAGGUUAGCACUGUUGAGGUUCCCAAUAGUGUUGACGUGGACCAGGACCGAAUCGAACGCCGUGUGUUGAGGAAGAUAGACCUCAGACUCGUCCCUCUUCUCACCAUUUGCUAUUUUCUCCAAUACCUUGAUAAAGCGUCUCUUGGAUUCGCAUCUAUCAUGGGAAUUAUCGAAGACAACAACCUCCAAGGACAAGAAUACUCAUGGGCGAACUCGAUCUUCUUCUUCGGGUACCUCGCAUUCACCUUCCCGACCUCGAUUCUCAUUGUGAAAUUCCCAAUCGGCAAAUAUGUCUCCGUUACUGUAAUGGUUUGGGCCAUAAUCCUCAUGCUCCACGCUGCCACUCAUAACUUUUCUGGCCUAAUGGCCGUGCGUUUCUUUCUCGGGGUCGGCGAAGCAACUGUUGUGCCAGCAUUUGCUCUCCUCACCGGAACAUUCUACAAGAGAGAAGAGCAGCCCCUAAGACAGUGCGCGUUUUUCCUUGGCGAUGGCAUCGCUGGUAUAUUAGGUGGGUUGAUAGUUUGGGGCAUUGCUCAUAUUCAAGGCAAACUGGAAACUUGGAAGUAUUUAUUCUUGAUAUACGGAGCAAUAACCGCUUUCUUUGGAGGGAUAUUGUUUUUCACCCUUCCCGAUGGCCCCUCGAAGGCAAAGUUUCUCACAGAGGAAGAGAGAGCAAUAGCCGUUGAUAGAGUACAGAUGAAUGGGGGUAAAAAAGUCAUUAACUACCAGAGAUAUCAGGUUAUUGAGGCCUUGUCAGACCCACAGGCGUGGCUGCUAGUUCUUAACACAUUCUGUGUCAAUGUUGCGACUGGUGGCCUUUCGAGUUUCGGCAACAUAUUGAUCCAGGGUUUUGGCUUCAGCUUAUUCUCAACGCUCCUCCUUCAGAUUCCGGCCGGCGCUGCACAAAUCCUAUUUGUGUGCAUUGGUGCCUAUUUCGGAACGUAUGUAAAGAACGCACGACUCCUGACAAUGGUUUUCUUCAUGCUAGUCAGCAUCACUGGCACAGCAAUGAUGUUUGCCAUCCCAGCUCGACACCGCGUCGCUAGAUACGCAGGUUCAUGUCUCACAUCUGCAUUCUCCGCCAAUUUACCUAUGGCGACAUCGAUGGUGACAUCCAACAUCGCGGGAUUCACCAAAAAGGCCACUGUGAUGGCAAUGAUAUUUAUUGCUUACUGCGUUGGCCGUAUCGCAGGGCCACAGUUCUUCUUACAGAGCGAAGCUCCCAAAUAUCCGACGGGACUGAAGGCCAUUCUUGCGGUAUUUUCUUCCGCGGCUGUUAUUGCGCUUAUACUGAGAGCUUAUUUAAUGUGGGAGAAUGCUAAACGCGACAAAGACGUUGGAGCAACUCUUGGGGCAAGUAAUGAAUCAUCUGAGCUCUCAGAAAUCGACGAGAAUUUCACAGAUCGUGAGAAUAGGAACUUCCGUUACUUGUUGUAA